AUGGCGGCUGCAGAAGCUGUUUAUAAUUUACCUGUUGAUUGCUGGGAGCUUAUCUUCACAUUCCUCAUCAUCAACGACGACGACAUCCUCAUCCACUAUGUCAAGACUCUCUCCCUCGUCUCUAAACCUUUCCUCUCGCUCAUCAGCCGUCUCAUAUUAUCCAUCACUAUUUCUGAUCCAACACCUUCUUUCCUCCGCCGUCUCUUCCAUAGAUUCUCCAACCUCAAUUCCCUUCACCUCUCCUUUUACCAUCUCGAUGCAGCCGUUGCUUCUUCUCUCCGCAACAGACCAACAUUGAAAUCUUUAUCCAUUUCCUACUUUGAUCCAGACGAUGAAAACUACGUUAUUUCACAUUUCCUUGAUUCGUUGCUCACUUUGAAGGGUUUGACUUGUCUUGAUUUGUUGGGCUUGCAAAUCUCUGAUGAUUUUCUCUCUUCUAUUGCAACUGAAGGUCUUCCUUUAAACAAGUUUGUGCUCCGAAGUUGCACCGGAUACACUUACGACGGAAUAUGCUUUUUGUUAUCCAAGUCUAGUGGGAUACAACAUUUGAGUUUUCAUCGAAAUGAUUUCUUAAAUGACCAUCAUAUUGCUCAGUUAUCUUUGUUUCUUGGUGCUUUGGUGUCUAUAAGACUCAGUGAUUGCUGGAACCUCACUAAAUCAGCCUUGUUUGCACUCAUUAGGAACUGUUCUUCACUUUCUGAGAUUACAAUGGAAGGCAUUGGAACAAAGAGUGUACAGACUUCUAAUUCUUUUAAGGAUUUUCAUGUGAACGCUCAACUCAAGUCUCUAUGUUUGACUUACGAUUCAUCCAUAAAUGAUGCAAACAUCUCUUUGUUCGCUUCCAUUUUUCCCAAUUUGGAGCUUCUUGAUUUAAGUUCUUGCGAUAGCAUUUCUGAAAGAGGCAUUUUUCAAGUUUUAACUAGAUGUUGUAAGAUUAAACAUUUGAAUUUGAGCGAUUGUCGUCAAGCGUGGCUACUUAGGAUGAACUUUGUAACUCCUCAGUUGGAGGUGUUGAACUUGUCAGGCACACCUGUUGAUGAUAUAACACUCUAUCAGAUCUCCAAGAGUUGUUCUGGCCUUUUGCAUCUAUCACUUAGAUGUUGUAAACAUGUCACAGAAAAGGGAGUGAUGCAUGUGGUUCAAAACUGCACACAACUUGAGGAGAUCGAUUUGAAAUUUUGUUAUAAACUGGAUGCGGAUGUUCUUGUCUCAGAAACAGUUAAAAGAGAUAUUGUUCCGCCACAUUUUUUGUUUUAG